AUGGCCAGCCCAACUGCCCUUGCGCCAUCUACACGACCUGAGAGACCUGGCAAGCUCGCCAUUUCUCCCAUUUCAGCGGCUCCGUCACCUAGCUCGGCGCUACAACUAUCUCCGACCUCAGGUGCAUCAACCCCCACCUCCAUCAACGCUCCUCAGCUAGCCAUCAAGCCUGCAGCCAAUGGUUGCCAGUCUGUACCCCUCGCUAGCAUGGCUUCAACUCCUGAACCUCAGUCUCAGUUGCCCAAGAACUCCAUCACCAGUAAAGAAUGGGUCAUCCCUCCGCGGCCAAAGCCUGGGAGAAAGCCCGCCACGGAUACACCACCCACGAAGCGGAAGGCUCAGAACCGCGCAGCGCAAAGAGCUUUCCGUGAACGUAGGGCAGCCCGUGUUGGCGAACUAGAGGAGCAGCUUGACGAGGAUCGCCGUGAGCAUGAACAGAUCCAGCAGGACCUUCAAGAUCGGGUCAAUGGCUUGGAUCUCGAAGUCCACAACCUGCGGAGUCAUUGCACAAUGCUUGAGGGCAGGCUGGACAAGGAGCGAAAGGACCGAGAGAGGAUAUCCAGCGAGCUCGAAGCCACACGGCGGCAACUGAGAGACGAACGGGCAAGCAUCUCGUCUCGGCAUGCUAGUCUACCUGGACUGCAUGCCGCCCUUUCGCAGCAUCACACGCCACGAAGCAGCAUUACCAGCACACAUUCAGGUCACAGGAAUUCUUCCACGUUUGCAAUUUCUCAGCUCAUUUCACCUUCCGACCCCUCCGACGCCGACAGGUCGCAUGAUGCUGUCUGUGGCCGAUGUGACCCUGAUGGCCCAUGCGCAUGUGUGGAGGAGGUCCUUGCCCAUGCAGGUCCCAUGGUAGACUGCGGCAAAUGUACCCUCGGGUCAAGGUGCGAAUGCCUCGAAGCCGCUCUGAACCAAUCAGCCAAUACAGACUCAGAUCUCAAGCGAAGACCAUCUUCCAGCUCACUUCUCGAACCAGAGGAAAAGAGACUGAGACCAAAUCACGAUGAAAACGAGAUUGAUUUUACUGCCAUGUUCUCUAGGAAGAGAGCGCCGGCCGUCGUUGAGGUCGUACCCGAACCUGUUGUUCAACACGAACCCAUACGGCCCCGUGACUCAUGUGGCUUCUGUACAGAAGGCACAUACUGUAUGUGUGCUGAGGCUGCCGCGGCUGAAUCCCAGUUGCCCCCAAUCGCUUCCGAGGUACAAACACCCCCACCCGAUUCCGACAACGACUUCGGCCCUCUGGCAAUGGAGUUCACAUCAACAGGAGCCGUUAAGCUGCCUCGUCUCUCCAGUCUCAACCGACCUAAUCCCUCAAAGCCUCUCAGCAAGACUAGUGGCUGCGGACCAAGCGGACCUGGAUCCUGUGCUACAUGUUUGUCAGACCCCAAGGCCGGCCUCUUCUGCCGGAGCCUCGCCGCUGCAUUUGAUAAACAGGGCGGCAGUUCCAAGACUGGUGCAGGAUGUUGUGGUGGCUCCCGAAGUGGUGGUGGUUGUUGCAAGUCGAAGCCUGCUGGCUUAAACAUCGGGUUAUCUGUGGUGGAUGCUUACAAGACGCUAUCAAGUCACCGUAACUUCGACAAGGCAACAGAAGACAUUGGUACGUGGCUACCAAAGUUGCGCGCCGUUCCGAGACCACAAGAGGUUGGUGAGAGCACCACGAGACGUUCGCACAUAGAGGUAGAGACGGCUAGUAUCAUGAGUGUGUUGAAGGGUUUCGAUGUCAGAUUUGGCAGAGAAGCGAGCGGAACUGGCACCGGUCUCGCGAUCGCGUCGACGUUCGACAGCAGCAGCGUCGCAACUGUCGAUGAGGCAAGAGCUACAGCUGAUACGAUUCCCGCUUCAAGCGGCGCCUUCUCGGGCACACCAUGUCCCAUCGCACCGCCGCCGCCAUACUAUGCAUGCCCCAGCAAAGCGGUAACAGCGACUAAACCCGCCAGAGCCAAUGUAUGUGCCGCAAGAAAGAGGACAAACAUACCACCUCAACGUGAGCCAAUCUCCGCACCACGAAAAUCCCCGGGGCGGCCCAGCUGCUGCAUACUCCUCCUCGCUCUCGGGGUUAUUGCCGUCAUCGUCGGCCUUGCCUAUGGGGGUUAUAGCCUCACAACGCCGGGCUCGGACUCCUCCUCGCCUGUUGGUAGUCAGACAUUCGCGGCUCCGUGCAACUAUUGGAGGGACGGUGUGUUUAACCAUGAAAUCGGCUUAUGCGGCGGCGGCAGCAAAAGUGUCCUGACCGCGGUAGACGGCGAUGGCGAUGGCGAUGGCGCCACCGCCGCAUCUGAGGGAAGGGCCAUUAAUGUGAAUGGAUUUAUAUCAAGAUCGUCGUCAAGCUCGAGCUCGUCACUGGAGCCAGUUCAGACUAGGAUUGCAAGGAGAUUUGUGUCUUGA